GAUUAUUAUAUUUAUUCACUGGUAAAGCCCAGUGGAGAGCACACGCCUCUUCUCCCCCCCCAAAAAAUCCAGCAGCAGCAGCAAGCCCCACGCAACAUUAGCAGCAGGAGACCACCCCAAUCCCCCACGGACAUUCGCCGCGAACCCUUAUCUGCACGCCGCGCCAUGGCCGCCGCCGCCGCCGCCGCGGUCGCCCACCUCUCCAUCCACGGCCGCCUCCGCCGCUCACCGGAGCAUCGGCCGUCCAUCACCACCACCACCACCUCCUCCUCUUCCUCGUCCGCUCACCGCCCGUCCCUGCUGCGGUGCCGCGCGUUCAAGCAGGAGGCCGGCGACGGCGACCCGGCUGAGGCCGACGCGCGGAAGCGCAGGAAGGGCCCGCUGUACAAGCUCAAGGCGGCGAUCCAGGGCCUCGCGGGAUCCCGCUCCGCCGCCGCCGAGGUGUACGGGGGAGAGUACCAGUACCAGCGCGCCGUCGAGAAGGCGGAGGAGAUAUUCUUCUCGGUUACUACUCAGCUAGGCAGAUAUGUUAUCACUAUGAUGAGCAGCGGUGUUGUACUUGGGGUUGGAUUCCAGCUGUCAGGUGGAGACAGCCAAAUGAACGAACUAAUUUGGUAUAGCUGGCUUGGUGGGGUGAUUAUCGGCACAAUGAUAGGUGCAAACAGUGUCCUAGAGGAACACUGCAAAGCUGGACCUCGCAAUGUCGUCAUAACUGGAAGCACAAGAGGGUUAGGAAAAGCGCUUGCUCGUGAGUUUCUUCUUUCUGGAGACCGUGUUGUAAUUACUUCACGAAGUCCUGAAUCAGUCCUUCAGACUAUAAAAGAACUUGAAGAGAACAUACAGGAAGGGUUAUCUGUUGCCAAAAAGAAGCAGAGGAAUAUUCUAUCGCAUGCCAAGGUUGUUGGUACAGAUUGUGAUGUCUGUAAACCUGAAGAUGUGAAGGAGUUAGUGAAUUUUGCUAUUAAUGAGCUUGGUUCAGUUGAUAUUUGGAUAAAUAACGCUGGCACAAAUAAAGGUUUUAGGCCAUUGGUAACCUUUUCAGAUGAUGACAUCACUCAGAUCGUCUCAACAAACCUAGUUGGUUCUCUACUGUGCACCAGAGAAGCCAUGAAUGUCAUGCAAUACCAAGAGAAGGGAGGCCAUAUAUUCAACAUGGAUGGAGCAGGUUCUGGAGGAUCAAGCACACCACUAACAGCUGUCUAUGGUUCAACUAAAUGUGGACUAAAGCAGUUCCAAGGAUCACUUCUGAACGAAAGCAGAAGAUCAAAAGUUGGAGUGCAUACUGCUUCACCUGGUAUGGUCCUCACAGACCUUCUGUUAAGUGGUUCAUCGCUCAGAAAUAAACAGAUGUUCAAUUUAAUAUGUGAACUUCCAGAAACAGUAGCCAGAACUUUGGUUCCAAGGAUGAGAGUUGUAAAAGGAAGUGGAAAGGCAAUCAACUACUUAACACCACCAAGGAUCUUGCUUGCUCUGGUUACUGCAUGGGUUCGACGGGGUCGAUGGUUUGACGACGAGGGAAGAGCGGUGUAUGCAGCUGAAGCUGAUAGAAUUCGCAACUGGGCUGAAAGUCGAGCACGCUUCUCGUUCACCGACGCCAUGGAGAUGUACACGGAAAACACAUGGGUUUCCGUAUUCUCGCUCUCGGUGGUCUGUGCGUUCAUAAUCCUCUCUAGCUCCGGUGGACCUCUUCCAGGCACAUGAUUUCCAGAGCUGUCAAACUACUAGUAGACGGCCAUGCAUAUGCUCAUUUUUUACCCCACCAAAGGCAUUCUACUACCAGAAGCCAUUUGAUACAGCACUUAAUGAAUGGGGAAGAAGAGAACCCCCCACAGAUGUAGAUAUAUAGGUGCAACGGAGAUUAGCAGCUGCCUCCUCGCACCAUUUAAAGUUUGGCUAGCUAACCUAUGUGCUCAUAGAAGGGUAAAUAGAAUUUAUUGCGUGGGCAUUCCACUGCCGUACGUAAGCUGGACUAUGAUCCGUGACUUUUUUAAGGACAUGUAUGCAAAGUUAGGUGAGCAGGAUCAGAGUCGACAUUGCCUCGUGUACAUGCAUGUAGUUGUCAUUAUAAUCACUGUAACUUCUGGUAUCGCUUGUACCCUUCAAAAUUCGAAGACAUUAUAUUGUGAAGCGAA